AUGGUUACAAUACUGUUGACCAGGGGCUCCAGUGGAGCAGCAUCUGGAGCAGUUGCCUUCAUCUUCCUAUUCCAGCUCUUCUACGGCGUUGGAUGGCUUCCUGCCCCAUGGUUUUACCCGUCUGAACUUUCGACCACCCGAGUACGCUCCAAAAUGCAGUAUUUGAAGCGGACUGACGAGAAUUUACAAGCAAACAUUGAGUGGAGAACGUUCAUCAUCUUCGCCGUUCUAAAGAUUCUGUUCAUACCCAUGGUCUACUUCUUCUACCCAGAGACCAAAGGACUCGAGCUGGAAGAUAUCCCGCUCCUUUUCACGAAAGGUGGUAUCACGGGCGGAGUUUACUCGACUGGUGGAAGAACAGUCCAACCGGGCCAGCAUGCCUUGGAAGCUCGCUUAGAUUCGAAGCAAGGCGACAUUCAGUUGGAUCAGCUUGAGGAGGUGAGGGCAUAA